GCGAUUCCGUGAGUGACGGCUCAACCGAUGAAGGGAGAAGCUGGAAGUCGACUCCACGAUGCGAGGCCAAAGCAGGAGGGACACAUCUGGGGCUCCAUGAGGAAGACAGCUUUCAUCCUGGGCUCUGGCCUUCUCUUGCUUGUGGCCUUCUGGAACUCAGUCACAUGGCAUCUUCAGAGAUUUUGGGGUGCUUCUGGCUACUUCUGGCAAACCCAGUGGGAGAGGCUGCUGUUCACAUUCGAAGGGAAGGAGUGGACCCUCUUUGUGAUAGGUGCCACCUACCUGCCCGCUCUGUCAUUCUGGACCUUCAAUGGGCUUCUCCUAGUGGUUGACACAACUGGGAAACCUAACUUCAUCUCCCGCUACCGGAUUCAGGUCGGCAAGAAUGAACCGGUGGACCCUGUGAAACUACGCCAGUCCGUGCGCACAGUUCUGUUCAACCAGUUCCUGAUCUCUCUCCCCAUUGUGGUCUUCCUCUAUCCCACCCUCAAGUUGUGGAGAGACCCCUGCCGCCGAGAGCUGCCCACCUUCCACUGGGUCCUCCUGGAGCUGGCGGUCUUCACUCUGAUCGAGGAGGUCAUGUUCUACUACUCACACCGGCUCCUUCACCACCCAGCAUUCUACAAGAAAAUCCAUAAGAAACACCACGAGUGGACGGCUCCCAUUGGUGUGAUCUCUCUCUAUGCCCACCCUAUCGAGCACGUGGUCUCCAACAUGCUGCCGGCGAUGGUGGGCCCCAUAGUCAUGGGCUCCCACUUGUCCUCCAUCGUCGUGUGGUUCUCCCUGACCCUCAUUGUCACCACCAUCUCCCACUGUGGCUACCACCUACCCUUCCUGCCUUCACCCGAGUUCCACGACUAUCACCAUCUCAAGUUCAACCAGUGCUAUGGGGUGCUGGGGGUGCUGGACCACCUCCAUGGGACGGACACGGUGUUUAAGCAGACCAAGGCCUACGAGAGACACAUCCUCCUGUUAGGCUUCACUCCACUCUCCGAGAGCAUCCCCGAUCCCCCGAAGAUGGAGUGAGAGGGCCUGAGUUCCAUCCUGGCUGUCCCCUCAGCAGUGGACUAUUAAGGUGGCCCGAGGCCUCCUGACCGCACCUAAGGACUUACUUCUUCAGCCAUGCAUUCUCUUAACGCACUCUUAAUGGUAGCACCAGAAGGGCAGGGGGAAGUCUGGCUUCUAGGAAAUGCAGGGCCAAGGUUCCCCGACUACCCCUGGGGACCAGGAGUUAGCUUAAGAGGGACAAGAAACAGCUCCCAGAAUGGCUAGUCCCCACGGUCCUCUGUGUAAAAGGGAAGGGGGACCCCAGAUGACCCCCGUGUGAGCAAGAUGUAGAGAAUCAUAAAGGGGGGCAGCCUCCCUGGAGGCUACAGGGCUCCAUAGAGCUGCCCUGGG